AUUCCGUAUCUACAGUAAAAGCAAAAGCACGUAGUACAGUCAUUCAAUAGAUAUUUUCCACGCGCAGUUUUUUUUUUCUUCUGUGUGUGUGUGUGUGUGUGUGUGUGUGUGUGAAAUCCACAUUUCAUAAACGCGACGGAUUGCAGAGAUGAAUACCGAAGCAGAUCUCUUUUAUCUUCGACUGCCUAAAGUGUGUUUUUUGCUUUUAGGAGCUGCACGCGCAUCUCAACGGCUCUGUCAGUUUUGAAACUAUGGAAACGCUUAUAAAGCGAAAGCCGCAUCUGAACGUCAAGCACAGCAUGACGGCAAUCCGCAGCGGACAGCGCCGAACACUGGACCAGUGUUUCCAAGUGUUUAAAGUGAUCCACCAACUGGUUGAUUCAGAGGAGGAUAUCCUAAUGGUUGCCAAAGCAGUCAUUCAAGAGUUUGCAGCUGAUGGUGUAAAAUAUUUGGAGUUGCGAAGCACACCUAGGGAAGUGAAUGAAACAGGUCUCACCAAACAAAGAUAUAUCGAAACUGUGCUUGAAGCCAUCCGGCAGUGUAAACAAGAGGAAGUUGACAUUGAUGUCAGGUUUCUUGUGGCUGUGGACCGUAGACAUGGGCCUGAGGUUGCCAUGGAGACAGUGAAGCUGGCAGAAGACUUCUUGCUUUCUAGUGAUGGGAUGGUAGUUGGACUGGACCUCAGCGGAGACCCAACAGUCGGUCAUGGAAAAGAUUUGCUCUAUGCACUUCAAAAAGCCAAAAACUGUGGUCUGAAGCUUGCAUUACACCUCUCAGAGAUUCCUUCUCAGAGGGAGGAGACUGAGCUGUUGCUGAACUUGCCCCCUGAUAGAAUUGGUCAUGGAACUUUUCUGCAUCCUGAAGUUGGAGGGUCAGAGAGUCUUGUGGACAAAGUUUGCAAACAAAACAUUCCCAUUGAGUUGUGUUUGACCUCUAAUGUUAAGGGUCAAACUGUGCCUUCAUAUGACAAACAUCACUUCCAGUACUGGUAUACACGAGGACAUCCAUGUGUUCUCUGUACAGAUGAUAAGGGCGUGUUCUGUACAGAUUUGUCUCAGGAGUACCAGCUAGCUGCGUCCACCUUUGGGUUGAGCCAGGAGGACGUUUGGACACUCUCGCAGCAGGCCAUUGGUUACACCUUUCUCCCUGAGCCAAUCAAACAGAGGUUGGAGCAGAAAUGGGUGGAAUUCAGGUCACAGAUUCUCCAUUGAGGAUUUGCACCUGCAAAAUGUAAUCACAGCCCUUCCUCAAGAGAGCCUUUUACAAGUGGCUUUUUAAAUCGUCAGGCACCUUUAUCUCUAUUUCAAAUCAUUCAUAUCUGACAAAUGACUAGUGUUUGUGGGCAGUUUAGUCAUGAUAUUGAAAAGGGCAUUCUUAAACUACCUGUGUUGUGUGCAAUAGGGCUCAGACUGUUGAAAUGAAUUUCUACAUUGUUUAAUAUUUAUGUUGGAUUAAUAUUGAAAAUGUAAAAAAAAAUGAAAUUACAUGACAAGAAUGAAUGUGAUCUUCAUAUUCUUAGAGGAUACAGCAAUAUUUGAUCAUUCUUAGAACAAAACACUUUAAAGUGAUGUUUAACAGUCAUUGCUCUUAAAUAAAUGUUCCAGUAUUA